AUGGAUGAUGCGCAGAGGCGACAGGACGAGGCCCAGCAGCUAGUGUUCCUGCACGCCAUCCACCCUGCGUGUCUCGCUGCACAGCAGAGGGGGCAGGACACACUGGAGCCGCACUGCUCCAAGGCAGCUGUGGCGGACAGGAUUGUGGUGAGCGAGACACGGUGCCCGGCAGCUGGAGGGUGGACAGAGACAUGGGAGGGGCAGGGGUCUCCCUGGACUGUGUCAGUGAGGCCCAAAUUUCACACACUCCUUUGUCUCCUUUGUGUCUCACAGGAGCUCAUUGAGGAGCUUCCUCAUGACUCUCCACCCGGCGCCGUCCUGGCCAACUCCCUCAUUGCUGUGGCCAACCUCAGCACCAUGACACCUGCCCUGGAGCCGGAGCUGGAGACCCACCUCCUCCGAGCUGCCCUGCACGCAGUCUUCACCCUGGGCACGCAGACGGACACCAAUCAAGUCCAGGAUCUGCAAAGGGUCAUGCCAGACCUCCUGGACGCCAUGCUGGGGAACCUGCUGGCAAAGUCCCCAGACACCGACAAACUCCACUACAUCUUGGAGAACUCAGCCGAAUUCCCCAGGAUGGGUCACCACGUGGCACAGCUGGCUCUGUCCGUCAGUGACCCAGCCAAGGACAUCAGCCGGCAGGACAGGGAGGAGGUUUACCGGCUCUACCAGCUCCUGCUGCAUCAGAGGGAGCUGACCAUCCACGAAGCCGAAGACCUGUGGGUGUGCGACUGGCACCAGGACAGCAGGCUCCUGGGGUACAAAAACACAGCCAGGGUGGGGGAGGUCUUUGGAAAAUUCUUCUCAGAGGGGCAGAGAAGAUUCUUCCUCCGGACAGCAGUGCUGGCCAUGCACACUCUCGUGCUACGUGUCAGCCAGGCUGGGCUGCUGGUGACGGUGCUGGUGGUAGUGGCUCUGCCUUCAGAGUUGGGCUCUUGGCCUGCAGCCACCGCUCUCCCACCACCCAGCUCUGAAGCAGCAUAGAAGUAAGGGUGGUAAUACCACGGCACUCCCUACCCCCCCACAAAAUAGCCUUGCAACACAAUAGCCUUUUGGGUUGGGAUCCCCACUUUGAAAAAUGCUGACCUGAAGUCUUUACAUGUUUAUAUUUUAAAAUACAUAUUCAUGAUUUGUGACAACACCAUGACAUUUAAGAUUUAAAGAUCUGUAACUGUGAAAAUCAAGAUUUUAAAAAUGCUAUGACCGUAACAUUUUUCAAAAUGGACUGUGAAUUUCAUAGAGCCCUAAUGAUGAAUCUGUCUUUCAGUGACCUCUCAUCUUAAAGACCAGAUGUCUGGGUGGUGAGCCAAGAGCUGGAUUUCCUAAGGGGACUGUCUUUUCUGAUUACAGGUUAACCAGUAUACUGAGACAGAAGAUCAUUUUGUUACCGCUUGGUAAACUCUGAUAGAAUAACCAUCAGUUUGGGGUGUAUCUGCCCAGUUUCAUAGAGUUUAUCCUGAAUAUGGUAUUCUCAGUUGUGACCCACUUCAUAGAUUAAGUCCAGAAGGGACCAUUACAUCAUCUAGUUUGCCCUUGUGUGUAACACAGGCCAGAGAAUUUCACACAGUUACCCCUGUACUGAGCCCAAUAAUGUAUUUGUCUGAAGCAUGGUCCAGAAAGGCGUCCAGUCUGGAUUUGAAGACACCAGGAGAUGGAGAACCCACUUCCCUUGGUGACAGAGAUUAGAACGAAAUCUCUGAGAGCAGAAGAAUGUGACCAGAGCAGGAAAUGCCCAAGGGGUGGGGUGAAGGGACCUCAGACAGGACAGGAGACAGAUGCUGAAAUCACUUUCACUUCUCUUCCAGCGCAGACUGACAGCAGCAUCCUGACUUCCUUUGGGCAGAGCUGGCAUGGAGAAGACAUGGAAAAAGCUGCUGUGGCAGACCCUGGAAGAGCAGGGGGACGGAGAGCUCAGGAGAUAGGAGAGC